UCUUAAUUUUGUAAUGCUUUUCAUACCCGUCCAUUUUUAUGUAUAUAUCUUGAUCGUCUUUCUCUACAGGUAGACGGCGCCCGCAAGUUAGCCUUGAGGAAUUUAGUUUCCUUGAAAAGAUUUGCAGAAAAACUAAGCCGGAGGAAAGGACCUGGGCUAAGUUGGUGAAUCCGAAGACCAUACAUUGGUACUGUGACGGUCCUGAGCCCAUUCAAGAGGCUAUUAGAUACGACGAGCGAGUUCACCGACGUAAGCCCGUCAACUUUACUUUGCCAUUUAUUUAACUUUAUUUAGUUUAAUUUCAUCCGUCAUUAUUUGCAGAGAUGGAAGACGCAAAAAGGAGAGCUUUAAUUAAAUCUCAAGCCGUCAAGAAGAAGGAGUCUGGCGAGACGGUACCAAAGGGGUCGGCUUCAGCCUCGAAGAGGAAGCCGACAUCGAAAUCUGACCGUCCGUUUAAACAACCCAAGAUCUCCCUUGAGCCAGUUGUUGGCUUGAUGGCUAAGGGUGCCAAGACCGUCACCCCAGCCAAGCAUGGGACGGGGAAAGGCUUUAUGAAGGCCCCAGAUUCCAAACAAGAGAGACCUCCUCCCCUCCUCUGUGACGACUCCAAGUUUGCAUUGGAGAAGCUGUCGUCGAUUAUCACGGCGGAAGAUUAUGAGGACCUAGGGAACCACUCGACGGAGGCCAUGGGAGAGACGGGUCUCUUUGCUGUUGCCCAAUCCUUGGUCAUGAUGAAGGGAUUACUGGAUCGGUGUCUCAACCGUGAGAGUACUUUAGACCGGGUGCGUGCAAAGGCGGAACAGACGGAGGAAGAGCUUGGUCAACUCCAUAAAUGGAGGUCCAAUAUGGAGAAGAAGCUGGAGCUUUCUGAGAAGGCAAGGAAAGAGCUGGAGCAGAAGUCGGAGAGGCGUUGACGGUUAUAGAAAAGAAGGAGAAGGAGAUUAAAGAAUUGAAGGAAGAGAUCCGUCAUGCUAAAGAGGUAGCCGUCAAGGAGUACCGCGACUCAGACUCCUUGUUGAGCGAGCUGGCAGACUCUUUCCUGCAAGGCUUUGACGACUCGCUCCGUCAGGUCAAGAAGGUCUACCCCGAGCUGGAUGUGUCAAUGAUCAAAGUUGACGACCAAGGCCAGACUUCUGCUCUUCCCGUCGCUUCCGAAAAUACGGAGGACCUCUUUGGAGACGAUACAGCUCAGGGCAACGAAGAGUCAACCUUGCCGAAGGAUGUUCCGGAUGCCGACCCUAAGAAAGUUGAUUGAACUUCUGUAAUUCUUGUAUUUUGAGGACGGUUUGUUCCUUUUUGCAUGUUUGGAGUGGUAGACUUAAAUGUGUACUUUAAACAUUUAUUUCUGUUUUAUGUCA